GUCUAUUAGCAACCCGUUUUUUAUUCGGCGGUUUUAGUCUAUAGUAAUCGUCGGAUGAAGGAGCACGCUAUUUGUUUUUGGUGUCUGCGGUAUAAAUACACCUGUUUUUUUCGUUGACCCUACGCGAGACAUAUUAAAGUUGCCUGGAUUUUUUUAAUUACAUUUAGAAUGCCAAGAAAACGAGCUCCAUGGUCAAAAGAAGAUCUACGCUCGGCGCUGCAAGCCAUAGCGGACGGAAUGUCCAUCAAAGGUGCUGCCAAGAGUUACAACAUUCCUCGCUCAACGCUAGGUCUUCAUCACAGAACGCAAAAUCCAGUAAAAAAGCUUGGAAGGUCACCGGUGUUAUCUGCAGCACAAGAAAAUGAUCUUGUGGAAAAGAUUCACAGAUUAGCUGAGAAAAGUGUGUUACUUUUAAUUGCAGUUCUGCAGUGCGUAAUAUUGACAUGGGUGGCAACAAUAGGAGAGCUGUAGUCCUAAUAUUGCCAUUCGUAACCUCAAUAAAAAAGUAUUCUUUAUUUAGUUUCUGUUCAGUUUUUUGAUAUAAUUAAACUAUAUUGUUAAAGGC